GCGCCGCGCCCCGCCUCUCUGCCUUUCUCGCCGUGGGCGCUGUGCGGGGCCGGAGCCCGAGCCUCCUCCCUGGCAACCGGGCCGGCCCGGCUUCCCCCUGUCUCCGGCGUCGCCCCGCCGCUGCCGCCUCUCCCGGGUGAGGCCUCGGCCCAGCCGGUGGCGCGGGGAGGACAGCGGGCGGGGAGCUACUUCCCCGGGCUGCGACCCCCGUUGCCCUCGGGGGUGCUGGGGCUGGGUCCCCCCCGCCCCGCCCGGGUGAGGCGGCGGUGCUGGCCGGGAGUCACCGGCCGGGCGGGCGGGGUGCGGGCCGGAGGCGCGGGGAGCGGGGCCGGGCGAGGCGCACCUGAUAGCCUGGCCCGGCGGGGGUGUGAGGGCAGUGCGGGGCACGGAGCGUCGUGCCCCGGGGAGGGCCGAGUGGCCUGGUGCUCCUGUCCCUUCUGUCCUGCGGACGGGGAAGGAGGGCUUAUGUGUUUAUGGUUCUUCAGCGAAAGCACUUGUGAGCUUGAAAGAGGGAAGUUUAUCCAGUUCUUGGAAUGAAAAGUACAAUUCUCUGCAGAAAACACCAAUUUGGAAAAGCAAGAAUGCUGGUUCUGCAGCAGAAAUGAAGUUUAAUACAACAAUGCCAACACCGGACAAGAAAGCAUCACAGAAGAUUGGUUUACGGCUUCGUAACCUGCUCAAACUUCCCAAAGCUCACAAGUGGUGCAUAUACGAAUGGUUCUAUUCAAAUAUAGAUAAACCUCUAUUUGAAGGCGAUAAUGACUUCUGUGUCUGCCUGAAAGAAUCUUUUCCAAAUUUGAAAACCAGAAAACUGACAAGAGUAGAAUGGGGGAAAAUCAGACGAUUAAUGGGAAAACCACGGAGGUGUUCCUCUGCAUUCUUUGAGGAAGAGAGAUCAGCGUUAAAACAGAAACGACAGAAAAUAAGACUUUUGCAGCAGCGGAAAGUUGCAGACAUUUCACAGUUCAAAGAUCUUCCCGAAGAAAUCCCAUUACCACUCGUAAUAGGAACAAAAGUUACAGCACGUUUGCGAGGUGUCCAUGAUGGAUUAUUCACUGGGCAGAUAGAUGCUGUAGACACCCUUAAUGCUACCUACAGAGUCACCUUUGACAGGGCAGGUCUUGGAACACACACAAUCCCAGAUUAUGAAGUUCUCAGUAACGAGCCUCAUGAAACCAUGCCAAUUGCUGCCUUUGGACAGAAACAACGGCCUUCAAGGUUCUUUAUGACCCCUCCCCGAUUGCAAUAUACACCUUCACUCCAGUCUCCAAUUACAGACAGUGAUCCUUUAUUAGGACAGUCUUCAUGGAAAAACAAAAUUUCAGGCACAGAUAGUGAAACGCUAGGAGGUUUUCCAGUAGAAUUCCUUAUUCAAGUGACCAGGUUAUCGAAAAUCCUUAUGAUCAAGAAGGAACACAUCAAGCAAUUGAGAGAGAUGAAUACAGAAGCAGAAAAGCUGAAAUCCUAUUCUAUGCCAAUAGGCAUUGAGUUUCAGAGGAGAUACGCAACUAUUGUUCUAGAUCUAGAACAACUGAACAAAGACUUAAAUAAAGUUUUGCAUAAAGUUCAACAGUAUUGUUAUGAGCUUGCUCCUGACCAAGGCCUCCAGCCUGCCGACCAGCCAACAGAUCUGAGGCGUAGGUGUGAAGAGGAGGCUCAGGAGAUCGUCAGGCAAGCAAAUUCCUCAACAACAGGACAGCUUUGUGUUGAGAGUGAAAACUUAACUGAUCUUAUCUCUCGACUUACAGCAAUAUUACUGCAAAUUAAGUGUCUAGCAGAAGGAGGUGAUCUGAAUUCCUUUGAAUUUAAAUCACUAACAGAUUCAUUAAAUGACAUUAAGAAUUCAAUAGACUACUCAAAUAUCAGUUGUUUUCAGAAUAACGUUGAGAUCCAUGUUGCACAUAUUCAGAGUGGUCUGAGCCAGAUGGGAAAUCUACAUGCUUUUGCAGCUAAUAACACCAACAGAGACUGAACAUUUUCCUUCAAGUGUACAGCAAGUAGUUCUGGAAAAUCCUCUUCCUUUAUAUAGGCUUCACCAAAUAUCCUAACUGCCAGAAGAUAAGGGAAAGAAAAAACCUCUCACAAAGGACCCUUUAAAAUAUAUUCUGCUUCUUAAGAAAACCAGCAUUACUGGCCAGCAUUACAUUAGAUUUAUCUGUUUGUUAUUCACAUACAGUAGUUUUGCUAACUGGUAAUCUCUUAGUAACUGCAUUUAUUAUAAUAAACUUGAGGACAUACUUUCUUAUAAUUUGAACUUAAAUUCAAAUUAAAUUGAAUUUAAGUUUUUAAAAGUUCAGAUGAGUUCUGCACACCUCUUGCUGUUGACUCUCUCCUGGUAUGUUAGAAGUGACGAAGAGGAAAUGGCUCACAUUAGUAGCCACAUGGCAGGUCUUUGUUACGCUUCUGUGUAAGUAUGGGAGGUGCCAUUUCAGCCUUUGGGUAAUGUGGGUACAACACAGGCUGUGUUCCCCAUCUAAAGAAGCAGCAACAGGAUACGGAGCAGACAGCAAAGAGAAGCUGUAAACUUGAGGAUGCUGGGCAGGCCUAUCGAUCAGUCAGUGGCUUGUUGGAACUUUUAAUUUAUCGUAACUUAUAGGAGUCUGAUGAAGGAAUGUAAAAAAUGUAACGGAUAACUCUCCAGGAAGAGAUUUUUACCCUUCAGAGGGGGCAAAGUAAGUGCUUUAGCUGGUAUUUUCUAUAAAUGACUGGUUAAGCAUACUGUUUUUCCAAAUUUUUGUUUGUUUUGCACAAUUUUUAAAUGAGAUGACUGGUUAUCCACCAACACCCACCAGAUACAGAAGUACAAAGACUUUUAUAAUGGAAGAUAACCAGUGAAGUAAACUGCAAAAAGUGACAACCUGCCUACAGAGUACCUUUUGGAAUGUUAAACUUGUAAAAAGUGUGUAUUGGUUUGUUUAAAUAGUCUUGUAAAGCUUCUGUGUAAUGAAUUGUUUCCAGAUACAGAUUUUCAGAGAUAGCUGUAGAGAUGGUUUUUUGAUUCUUUUAGAUGCCUCAUUAAAUGAGGUCUUUUAUAUGUUAAUGUAUAAAGAAUAUGUAAACAGGAUUAUUUUCAAUUUUAAAAUUUUGUAUAGUUGAAAGAUGCUUCUGUAUUCUGUGUUGGUAUUGUGCCACUGCAAAACUUUAGUGCAGAGUUUCUAUUUAGCUAAACUUGUUCUGUUAAUUAAGAGAAAUGCAUAAAUCUUUUAUUCUCAAUGAAAUUUGUAACUCUGAAUAAAUUGACCUAUGAGAGUUGA